ACCGGAAGUGCCGUGCCGCUCUCCCGCCUUAAAGGGCCCGCGCUGCGCUGCUGCCCAUGGCGAAGGCCGGGCACGCCUGGAGCCGCGCGGCGGCGGAGCAGGGCGAGGCCGAGGAGGGCGAGGAUCCCCUGGAUGCCAUGAUCGCUCGGACCGGGUGCCUGGAGCAGCACCGGCAGCUGCAGGAGUGCAUGGCGGAGCGGCGGGACUGGCGGCACUGCCAGGCAGAGCUCCGCGCCUUCGGAGCCUGCAUGGCGCAGCGGCAGCGGCAGCAUCGAGGGCCCGGCCCGGACCAGCCCACGGACUGACACCGCCCGGACCGCCCCCUUUUCGGGUUUAUUUCUAGCCAGCUGCUUGUGGAAUUGUUGGGGAAUUAAACCUGGAAUUUGUCAUCCAUCUGUGCCAGUGGGACAACUGCAAGUUGGAGGGGGUGGCGGGGUUGGAGGAUACAGUGUCAAGCUGUGCCAUGGAAGGUUGAGGUUGGAUAUCAGGAGGAAUUUGUUAAACAUUGGAAGUGACUGCUCAGGGAGUCCCAUCCCUGCAGGUGUCCAAGAACUGGACAUGGCAUUCAGUCCUCUAGGCUGGUGCCAA